CUCCAACAACACCGCAUCACCACCACCACACAACCAUGCGCGGAAUCAGGAGAGCACUGGCCGCGGCUCUUGUCGCGGCGUCGGCCGUCACUGCCGCGUCGUCUUCGCUGGCGAUCAAGGGCGGCAAGGCGGUGGUUUCGCUCGGCGGCGUGAGCGACGACGCGCUGGUCUUCACCAAGACCUCGGGCUGGACCACCCCCCUCGCGCUCCCCUCGGCCGCGACGCUCAAGCUCGCGUUCAGCAUCGUCGACUCGGACUCGGGCGAGGGCGUCGUGCCCAAGGCUGCGUUCGUCGCCCUCUCGGACGACAGCGGCGAGGAGGUCGUGCUCCAGGUCGGCGUCAAGGCGAAUGGCAAGGCGACGUACUUUUUGGAUACCGCCAAGCCCCCUCUCGGCCUCGCCGUGACCUCUGGCGCGCUCAACGCCCGCCUCCUCCUCUCCGACGGUGACGCCCGCAAGCCCCUCUCCUUCCCUCUCGGCGUGCUCGAGCUCCCCGGCUCUGGCGAGCCCGCGCGCAAGCGCCACUCGCUGCCCCCUCGUGCUGGCGAGCCAGCGUUCGCCGAGCAGGGAUACCUCUUCCACACGUUCAAGGAGGAGGAGCGCGAGAUUGCCUUUGUUAAGUCUGUCACUGGUGUCGUGGGGGUACUUGCGCCUUGGGCACUCCUUGUUCUCUUGAUCAACAACGUUGCCCCCAACCUCCAGUUCCAGACGCCCCCUACGGCCAUGUACGCCUUCCUCGCCUGCCUUGUCGGUCUCGAGGGCCUGAUUCUGCGCUACUGGAUCGGAUGGCGCCUGUACCAGCUCCUUCCCCCCUUCCUCGCCCUCGCCGCUGUCACGGCCUACGUCGGCACAGUGGCGCUCCGCGCUGCCCGCGCUCAGCGCCUCAAGGCCGGCGGCGCGCCUUGAGCGCGAGCGCUGCUGCGUCAUAGACCUCGGUGUGAAGAAGUAGAAGUAGCAAAAUGCAC